AUGCCUGGGCAUUGGCUUGCCCCUUUUUCCAGGCUCUAUAAAGUGUCCCUGGUCUUGAAAGGCAAUUGCCAUAACGAGUACAUAAAUCUGCAUCGCAGGUAUGGCCCGGUCGUCCGUACGGGGCCGAAACACGUCUCCGUGUCUGAUCCUGCCGCCAUCCCAACCAUCUAUGGAAUCACUUCCAAAUUUGUCAAGGACGAUUUCUAUAAGCCUUUCGGGGCUAAAUACGAGGGCAAAACUUUCGACAAUAUGUUCGCAACUAGGGACCCAGUGGAGCAUAAACGCCUGAAGGUUCCCGUAUCUCAAAAGUAUUCCAUGGCAUCUAUAAGAACAUUCGAGCCAAUGGCGGAUGAAUGUACCGACAUAUUUAUGGCAGCAAUGCGAGACCUGCAAGGCCAGAAAGUCGAUCUCGGUGAAUGGCUACAGUGGUACGCAUUCGAUGUUAUCGCAGCAAUGACUUUCCAAGCCCGGUUCGGCUUCAUGGAGAAGCGGACCGAUGUGGAGGGAAUGAUCGGUAGCAUCGAAAAAGCUCUCGUAUAUGGGGCAGUCGUUGGUCAAGUUUCUUACCUCCAUGAUUAUUUGCUCGGUAACGAUUUUGUACUGUGGCUCCUCAAGACAUUUAUGCCGCAGCUACCCAACCCCAUUGCCUAUAUUAUUGAGAUUUCCCUCCGGGAAAUCAAGCGAUACGACCAAGAGGGCGUUCAAAACUCCAGAGGCGACUUUCUAGCGUUGUUAAGGAACGAUAGGAAGGUUGGAAAAAGUACAAUGAGCGAUAGGGACAUGCUGAACCACCUUUCCAACAAUUUGUUGGCAGGAAGUGACACCACUGGAAUCUCACUUCGCGCCAUCUUCUACUACCUGAUGAAGCAUCCAUCUGUCUAUAAGAAGCUUCUUGAAGAGAUCGACACUGCUAAUGCAGAGGGAAAACUCUCAAAGAACAUUACCUAUGCUGAAUGUCUUCAGCUUCCCUAUUUACAAGCUGUGAUGAAGGAAUCAAUGCGACUUCACCCGGGGGUUCAAAUGCCACUGGAACGCAUUGUGCCCCAGGGUGGAGCUCAUAUAUCUGGAUGGCAUAUUCCAGCUGGGACCGUAAUCGGUGUUAAUCCAAUAGUUAUCCACCAUAACAAGGAUAUUUUUGGCGCCGAUGACUCUGAGUUUCGCCCUGAGCGAUGGAUAACUUCAUCUGAGGAGCAGCUGAAGGCGAUGGACCGCUGUUUUCUAGCGUUUGGACAUGGUUCAAGAACUUGCAUCGGCAAGAACAUCUCCAUCAUGGAAAUGGGGAAACUGGUACCUCAGAUCCUGCGAGAGUUUGAUGUUGAGUGGGCAUCCGAUGAGCCGCAGUGGAAAUUGCAAACAUACUGGUUUAGUAAGCAGAUCGGCGUCAUCACUCGACUCAAGCCUAGACACAGGGACCAAUAA